AUGGCCGAUCCCACCGCUAGGCCUUUGGCAAACAUGUAUCCUGAAGCUUUGGAUCAGCUUCGGGAUCGAGAAUACCCGUUGCUCAAAGACACCACCUAUCUGGACCAUGCCGGGAGCACACUAUACGCAAAAUCACUGAUCGAGUCAUACUGCCACGAUCUAACCUCCAAUAUAUUUGGCAAUCCGCAUUCUGCAUCAGCCUCCUCGCAGCUGACAACAGGCCGCGUGGAUGAUAUCAGGUUACGCGUGCUUCGUUUCUUCAACGCCGAUCCGGAUGUCUACGAUCUCGUUUUUGUGGCCAACACGACCGCGGGUAUCAAACUAGUCGCAGACACCCUGCGAGACUAUAAAAGUGAGGGUAAUCAAAAGGGCUUUUGGUAUGGCUAUCAUGUCGACUCGCAUACUAGCCUGGUCGGCGUGCGCGAGGUGGCCGACCAGGGCCACCGAUGUUUCGAGUCGGAUCGCGAAGUGCAGCAGUGGAUUGACGAGGACCAGUGUGGUUCAGAAGAUGACAACAAUACGACACGGCUAUUCGCAUACCCUGCGCAGUCAAAUAUGAACGGUCGACGUCUGCCGCUCCAAUGGUGCAGCCAGAUCCGGAACUCUAGAGGCCGAAACACCUUCACUCUCCUCGAUGUCGCAAGCUUCGUCACAACCACACCGCUAGACCUCAGUGAUCCUCUAGUUUCCCCAGACUUUGCGGUGCUCAGCUUCUACAAAAUCUUUGGCUUUCCCGACCUCGGUGCGCUGAUUGUCCGCAAAGAUGUGGGCCAUAUCUUCCAACACCGGCGGUACUUUGGCGGCGGAACUGCCGACAUGGUCAUCGCACAUGGCGGUGCCCAAUGGCAUGCAAAGAAGCAGGCUUCUAUACAUGAUCGGCUCGAGGAUGGCACCCUUCCAUUUCACAAUAUCAUAGCACUGGACUCGGCGUUGAACGUGCACAAAAGACUAUACGGCUCUAUAGAAAAUGUCUCGGCUCAUACAUCUCUUCUAACUUGGCAAUUGUUUCAUCGGCUCUCUUCUCUCAAACAUGCAAACGGCUCGCCCGUAUGCCAUUUUUAUACCUCGCCUGGUUGUUUGUACGGAGACACAACUACUCAGGGUCCAAUCAUUGCUUUGAAUCUUCUCGACAGCAGUGGCAAAUGGAUCGGCAAGUCCGAAGUCGAGAAGCUCGCCUCUAUCAAGGGUGUUCACAUCCGGUCUGGAACCCUCUGCAACCCGGGCGGCGCAGCCAGUUUACUCGGUUUGAGCAAUGAAGAUAUGGAAGUAAAUUAUAGAGCCGGCCAACGCUGCGGCGACGAAAACGACGUGAUGCGCGGCAAACCAACGGGAGCACUCCGACUGAGUCUCGGGGCCAUGAGCAGCUCGCAUGAUAUCGAUGUUUUUGUUUCCUUUGUGCAAGAGUUUUACGUCGACUUGGGUCUACGAUCAACCGCUGUUUCGCCAACUAGUACACAAAUUGACUCUCCGGUUGAUAACAGGUUCUACGUUGAAACCCUAUGCGUCUACCCGAUCAAAAGCUGUUCUGGAUUUAAAGUCCCGCCUGGAGUAGCCUGGCAAGUGAACCAAAAGGGGCUGGCCUGGGAUCGUGAAUGGUGCAUCGUCCACCAGGGCACCGGCGCUGCACUCAGCCAGAAACGAUACCCCCGAAUGGCUCUGAUAAAACCACACAUGGAUUUUGCAAACGGGGUUCUCCGCAUUACUACUGCUGCUUCUUCUUCCUCUACCGAUGGACCGAGUCUAGACAUCCCACUCUCCAGACACAACGAUCCGCAACUCGUCGCAGCAGGUAGCUGGCAAGAGUUCAAACGCAAGUCAUCGCGAGUCUGUGGCGACCAGCUCAUGAUGCAGGUGUACUCGUCACGAGAAGUAUCUGCUUUUUUCUCGGAUUUUCUUGCUGUUCCUUGCACUCUGGCGCGAUCUCCUGCGUAUAAUAAUAAUAAUAACAACAACAACAACAACAACAACAACAGUCUGCGGCAUGGGGCAAAGCCCACGACAACAAAAUCAACGUCGGUGAAUCGAGACCUCAUGCCUGGCUCUUUUCCAGCUGAUUUUGGACAAAUCCUUCCUUCUCCUCCACAUAAAGAUUCUGCCCAGAAUCAAAGCCUGUCCAACGACAGUCCUAUUCUUUUAGUUUCUCGGUCGUCGGUAAACAGGCUCAACGAGCAGAUCAAAGCAAACUCCAAACCGUCAAAUACGACUAUUUCUACUACUACCACGACUACAAACAAGGCCGUCGCAGCCGAUGUGUUUCGAGCAAACAUUGUUGUGGCCGAGAACCUCUCUUCCCCAUUACAACAACCACUACCACCAGCAUACUCCGAGCACAGCACCCUUCUCAACAGCAGCGGCGAUUCGUCUCGGCCGUCGAUAUUAAACUCUGAACAGCCAUAUAUUGAAGACACAUGGUCAUCAUUCACCAUCGGGCCAGCCAAUAUAUCAUUUGAUAUAUUCGGAUCCUGUCAGCGAUGUCAGAUGGUAUGUGUCGAUCAGAUGACUGCUGAAAAGCGUGAGGAGCCCUUUUCGACGCUGGCAAAGACCAGGCGGAUUGGCGGGAGAGUGCUGUUUGGGCGACAUGCUGGGUUGUCCUUCUUGGAAGGUGAUGACGAUGGUGGUGGUGGUGGUCAAGUGGUGAGGGUGGGAGACGCGGUUGUCCCGUCUUAUGAGUGA